GCAGGCGGCGGCCGGCGCGGGGCACACCCACACCCGACGGCCAUUUACUCCUCGGAGUAGCAUUUACCACUCCGACAGGAUCCGCACCAUGAGCCACGCCGCGCCGCCCCCCGUUUUCCUGGGGGCCGAGGAAGUGGAGCGGUGCUUCCCCGCGCCCCGCCUGCUCGUCCCGGCGCUGGAGGCCGCCCUGGGCAACUUCUCCAAGGGACCCGAGGGAGGCGUCGUGCAGCCGGUGCGCGUCGUGGUGCCCAUUCGGAAGCACCGCGGCUUUUUAGGAGUCAUGCCUGCUUACACUGCAAACGGUGACGCUCUGACAACCAAGCUGGUGACCUUUUACGAGCAUCUGGAUGACCCCGGGGUUCCUUCGCAUCAAGCAACCGUGCUGUUGUUCGAUCCAAGCAACGGCACCCUCAAAGCGGUCAUGGACGGGAGCGUCAUUACAGCCAAGAGAACGGCCGCGGUUUCCGCCAUCGCCACCAAGCUGUUAAGGCCAGCGGAUUCUGAAGUGCUCUGUAUCCUGGGGAGCGGAGUUCAAGCCCGCAGCCACUAUGAGAUCUUCAUGGAGAUCUUCUCAUUUAAGGAGGUGAGGAUUUGGAAUCGCACCCAGGAAAAUGCUGAGAAGUUUGCUCGCUCGGUUAAUGGACCAGUGAGAGUCUGUUCUUCUGCUCAGGAGGCAGUUACAGGAGCAGAUGUGAUCGUUACAGUCACUAUGGCAACAAAACCCAUUUUAUACGGAGAAUGGGUAAAACCUGGGGCCCAUAUCAAUGCCAUUGGGGCAAGCAGGCCGGACUGGCGGGAAUUGGAUGAUGACGUUAUGAAGAACUCCAUGCUGUAUGUUGAUUCCAGAGAGGCUGCUCUAUGUGAAUCGGGGGACGUGAUUUUAUCAGGGGCAACAAUUUUUGCAGAGAUGGGUGAGGUCUUGUUGGGAACAAAGCCAGCUCUGCGUGAGAAAACAACCGUGUUCAAAUCACUGGGAAUGGCGAUUGAAGACACAGUGGCAGCAAAGAUGGUCUUUGAUUCCUGGUCAGCUGGCAGCUGAAAGGCGAUUUGUGGCUACCCUGAGCAGCCAUGCAACGAGGCAACAUUUAGACCGCUAUUCUUCCCCAGCCCAUUUGUCUUUUCGCUGUAGCACCUUGUUCGGUACUAGGGUGCUCUCCUAGGCCUACUCAGACAGAAAAAACUCUUGUCUCUCCCAGCAUGGCUGGGACAUGCAGCCAGCUGCAAGAUGUUUUUUCUUAGGUAAACAUGUAUAGGGUUGCACAGUUGUAUGCAGACGUAACUGGGAAUACGUCCCACCGAACUCACUAGAGUUUACUUCUGAGUAGACAUGAUUAGGACUGCACAGAAUCUUUUCCUGCUCUUUUUAACUAGGCUUUCUCUUGAAGACAAAACGAAAUAGGCAAACCAAAUUUGUAUAACAAGAAUAACAAAUAUUUUCUGUAUAUUUGGUAGCGAUUGUAAUCUUGUAUUGUGCUCAGCGUGAUAUAAACAGGUACAGAGUUUUGUGGCUUUAGGAGGGUACAUCUUUCUCUAACAGAGAAAGAUUAACUUUGAUGCCUUUGCUUUCACAGUGUUUAAACUGGAAAAAUGCUUAGAAGUACCAUUAUUUGAAACCAACUUUUGAAGUGCCUGUUGAUGGCCUUAUUUCAGAUCCAAUCAAAGUUCUGUGGUAAUUCUAAGGAUCUGUGUAUGUUUAAGUUUGCCACACCUUUUUAAAAGAUUAAAACCUUUACUUCUCUCAUA